AUCUCCCUGACUGUUGGACGAAGAGUGCUUGAUGACGAAAGGAUUCAAAUUCUCACUUCUCUAAUAAUACUUAUCGGCAGUUGAAUCAACCAAGCACCAGGCCACGAUAGUGAGCGUACUCCGUACAAGGAUCUCGGAACUCUCGUGAUACUCCGUCUUUCUUGGUUACAAGUUUUCUCGGCUGGACCCUCUUUGUCAAACCAUCGCCAUCCCCAUCCCCAUCUUAACUAAAAGUCAUCCCAAUCCCAAUUCAUCUUCCCCACAUCGCCGCCGAUUCGGUCAAAUACUCGUCAUCGGACGAUUUUCUGUCGUCCGAUAUCUGACCUUUGUCACCGUCGUCGUCGCCGCCACUGUCAUUGCUCCUGUUGCGACAAACCUCGAAACUCCAUUUACCCUCCCAAUAAAUCUACUCAAGGGUAUUAUCAGUGUUUUCAAACAUUUCCAUAGUUUGUUUGACACUUGGUCAUCCCUGUCAUUCGACAUGAAUUCACUCGACGAUUUAAAGCACAACAUCACCGAACAAAAGGUGGCUAAUGACAAGCCUAGCAAUGGUGUCAUUUCAAGAGGCCCUUCGCCAAACAGAGGCGCUUCGGUGAAAGACGUCGAUGCAAUCCCAGAGCCCACAUCGAAACGCGAAUGGCAGAAGAAACGCGGUAUCGAUCCUUCUAAACAGGUCAAAAUUGUCAAACUCAGCCACAUGAGAUAUCAACACCCUGAUUUGAACAAGAUUACCACCUUUUUGAGAGACUUUGGAUUACACGUAACCAAAAAAGGCGACAAUGAAAGAUGGUAUCGAGGAUACGGAUCCGACCAAUACGUUUACUAUGCCAAACAAGGACCGAAACAAUUCCUAGGUGGCACCUUUGAAGUGGAAUCACGAGACGAGUUGGAAAAGGUGCUUACCCUCCCCGGUAUCAAGCCCUUGACCGAUGGAGUGGAAGAAAUGAAGAACGCGCCCGGUGGUGGGUAUAUUGUCUCGGUGGAGGAUCCUCAAGGAUUCCCCGUCAACUUCAUCUGUGGACAGAGUGCGGUAGUGGAAGAGAGAAAGAAACCCGGUAAAUUGGUCUUCAACGACGAGACCGAUAAGCCGCGUGAGAAGAGUUUUCAAAGAUUCGAGCCUGGUCCGGCUGAAGUGCACAAGUUGGGCCAUUUCGGACUCAACGUCGAAGACUUCCCCGCCGCAAUGGACUGGUACACCCGACAUUUCAACAUCGUCCCCAGCGACAUCCUGUACGUCCCACUGGAGAAAAUCGACCCUGAAACCGGUGCGCCCGCACGCAAGGAAGUCGCGCUUUUCGCCCAUAUCGACCGCGGCCAAGACCUCGUCGAUCACCACACCAUGUUCCUGACGACAUUGACGCCCGGGCUGGAGAAACACGUGCAUCACUGUUCAUUCGAAGUACAUGAUUUCGACACCCAAGCCCUCGGCCAUCAAUGGCUGGCUCAGAAGGAAUAUACUCCUGUGUGGGGUGUGGGCAGACAUAUUCUGGGGAGUCAGAUCUUCGAUUAUUGGUGGGAUGUUAAUGGGUUUAUGGUCGAACAUUAUGCGGAUGGGGAUCUGGUUAAUGAGGAUACACCCAUGGGAUUUGGACCCGCUGGACAUGAAGGCCUUGCGGUCUGGGGACCAGAGGUGCCAAAGGAGUUUUUGGAGUAGAAUUGAAUGAAAUGAAAUGAGCAUGACUCAUGGGUCAACGUGAUGGAUGGAUGGGAGAGGAGGAGGACUUGAGGAUCAGACUAUUGCGGUUGUCUCAUAAUUUGAACGGUACAUACAUACCAUUAGCAUGGCUUUUUUUGACAAGCUAAGUAGUAAGAUAUCAGUCAUGGAUGUUGAUUCUGCACAUAGCUACUUCAGGACAUUAGCACACAACCUGCGGCAUCUUCUAAGAAAUCUCAAUUUGACUUG